CUCUCUUUCUCUCUUCUAGGGUUUCUCUCUCUCCCUCUCUCACUCACUCAUUGGGUCUCUUUCUCUCCUCUCGUCAACGUCGUCUUGAAGAUGGAUGUGGCGAUUAGUGAUGUACCGGAGAAUCUUGAAUCUGUUGAAGAAAAGAGAGAUGAAGAAAAUGUGGAAGAAUCGCCGGUGAAGAAGAAACCACGUUUUGACGAAGAAGUGAAUAGAGUGGCAGAGAUUGUAUUGGUGUUAUCAGCAUUGCGGAAGAUUCGAGGUGGGAAAACUCCGACGGAAUUGGAGAUUGAGCUAAUGGUUGAAGCUAAAUCGAAAUUGGUUGACAUGUGUCAGGAGUUUACUCCUAAAGAUAUCAUUGGUAUUGAUGCUAUUGGAGCUGUCAUUGAAGAUCUGGGUUUGAAUGGUAAGCUUAAAGAUCAGAGAUUAGGGUUUCGAGCUCCUAAAUUAACCAUCUCUGAGAAGCUGUCUCUUGGGAAGAGAAAGAUGGAGGAAUUGAAAAAAGCCCCAAUAGUAUCUACUACCUAUACAUCUCCAAGUCAUUCAACUCCAGCAGCAAAUAAUGUUUCUAUGGCACAUCAGUGGCCUAAUAGCGAUAUGAAGGCAUCUGCUAGUUCUGUUAAUGCAUCUGGAAGCCAUUUCGUUAGGGAAGCAUCAGGAAUAACACAAGCUAGAAUGGAGAGACCGCAGUUUAAGUCAGAUGUGCAUACCGGUACUUCUCAGGGACCAGCAGUUCCUGCCGGAAAUUACUUUGGGAAUACUACAUCUUGGUCUGCCCAACCUCAUUCCAGUUCCUCCACCAUAUCAUUUGGUACUGCAUCGGAUAGCAAGGUUCCUGUUCAGGGUUCUUCCAGAAUCUCAGAUCCGAGCUUUAGACCAUUUAUGUCUCAAACUCCACCAGGGGCAUUCCCAGGCAUGAAAGGGGUGACUUAUGGUCAAACUUCUUCAUCUUUUGGAAACAACCACCAUGCUGAAAUUGCUAAGUUGAUACAUAAAGUUCUGCAACCGCGAGCUAAACAAAAUCUCUCGUGGAACCCACCUUCAAGAGAAUACAUGAGUAAAGCAUUGACAUGCCAGAUGUGUCAAGGAACUAUCAAUGAAGUAGAAACGGUGCUAAUCUGUGAUGCUUGUGACAAAGGAUAUCACUUGAAAUGUCUACAGGCUCACAAUAUAAAAGGUGUUCCGAAAUCUGAAUGGCAUUGCUCAAGAUGUGUGCAAUUGUACAAUGGCAAGUCUUUUCCUCCUAAAUACGGCCGUGUCAUGAGAAGCGCCACUACAGCAAAAAUGUCUUCUAGUACAGCUGAAGUUCAGAUACCUGCAGAGAAGAGGGUUGGUAAAAUGGAUCAAAAGGUUAGUCAAGAGGCAAUGCCACAUCUUGAGACAGCAAAACCAACUAAGGAUUCAGCUAUGGAACAAACAGUUGAAGCUGAAGAUGGAGCUAUGAAUCCAAUAGUGGAAAAAGCUAUGAGUCAAAUAGUUGAAGCUGAAGAUGCAGCUAUUAAUCAAGCAGUUGAUGCUAACUUAAAAACACAAUUUCCUAUAGGAAACGAUGAUGCUGAGUGUGAUGAUCCUUCAGAACCAGUAUCUCAAUCAGAGACUCUUAAUCCUCCAGAACUAGAGGAAAAAAAAGUUCUGAGCAAAGAUCCUACUGAGAGAUCUGUUUCCGCAAAUAGUCAAGAUAAAAACUCGAAGAUCAUAGAUGAAUCAUCAUUACAAGUGGAGAACUCAGCUUCUCAGACAGAGAACUCACCAACCCAGCCUCCUUUGCAAUCCAACACAGAUCAUUCCCAACCGCAGAACACGACACCAAAUGUCGAAGAGGCUAUACAGAAAAAUGUGACAGAAAAUCCAGAGGAAGACAAAAGCUGUUAAUGUUUCAGACAAAAGUUGCAGGAAUCAGAAUUCACUCUGUCCACAGCAGUCAGUACUCGCACUCUAUUUGGUCCUCAAGUAUAUAUAAAGUAAGUGAUGAUGUCUUUGAUUUAACCUUUUGGGGUAGGUUGAAUUACUAAAUCUUUAUUCUAUGA